AUGCUGAUCUUCGUUACGUUGAUGGGCUUUGUGGCAGCUGUCGGAACGACAAGCAUAGGGUGUAGGGACGAAAACAACAAGUUAGUCGACUGGUUUAUCGCCUACAAAUUUCCGCAUGGCUUCUCCUACGCCUAUAUUACGCCCACUUCCCUCUCCUGGCGUCGUUCUCAAUACCGCAUGGACAACGAUGGUGCCAUCCGUUUUUCCUUUGAGCAAGUUUUCAACACCUCUAAGGACUCUCUUGUCCAUGGCAUGUACAAUGAUCAGCAAUCGGACGUUCAUCAUUUAAUAGGAAACGAGCCAUGGUGGGGGCAUAUGAAAGGAAUUUUUGCAUUUCCCGAUAACAAUUCAGGCUUUUGGAUGAUUCACAGUGUGCCUAAGUUAUCUGAGAAACCCGACGCAUUUGAAUUUCCUCCCACCGCCCGUAAUUACGCGCAACACUUUCUGUGUCUUUCAUUGCCAUUCGACGCUCUUGGUGAUAUUGCAAAUCAAUUGCUAAUUGCGCGCCCCCUCGUCCAGAAUUUUAAUCUGCCUGACUCCAUCGCCUCUCGCUUUCCUGCUCUGCAAUUGGUGUUCCAACACAAGGGAGCUCGUAACGCUAGUGUCAACCAGUCGGUGAACCUGACUACCCUUGGAGGCGGACUGCGAAUGCGGCACUUUUCAAAGUCGAGUAAAUUCGGAAAGGAUUUGUACAAAGAUUUGAUGGCUGUAGAACUAAACAGCUCCCUGAUAGCCGAAUGCUGGCGUCAUGACCGAAACGAUUUGCCCUCGGACUGCAGUGGAGACUUGUGGGUCAGGAAUGCCGAGCAUCUAGAGUGGCCUUCGAGCGCAGGCGUCAGUUUCAACUCAACUCUGGAUCAUUCAAAGUGGGCCGUCACGGACCGUCAGGUAGACGAUGGGAAGCAGUGGAUCUGUCUCGGUGAUAUCAAUCGCGCUGUAAGUUUUCGAUCGCCCUACACUUACCAUCUGCUAAGUUCGCAUUAG